GUCAGACCACACGCCAGUCAACUGUGGAUCCUCAACGUCAACGAGCUGUGAGCUUCAAUCCACACUGGAUAACGAUACUCCAGGGGCUAGUAAUAUGCCAGAUAUGAUCAAUUGAUGACUGAACUCAGAUAUCUGAACUGACAGCCACAUUGCUGGAUGACUGGUAGACUGCAGUAGGCUACUUUCUGGCUGCGGAGCCGGAGCGUCUCGUUAGAAAUUCAUCGCCAGCCAAUCUCCCACGAAAAGUUUGGGAAAAUCUUUAAACUGAACUGGAAGAAAAUAUAUUCACCGCCGCGUAAGCAAGACUAUAUCCCACCGACAUCUAACCUUUUAAGAUGUUCAUUGGAGUUGCUCGCUGUGUUGAGCUGGCGUUGCUGUUGGCAACAAUGGUGAGUGGCGUCCAGGUUCCGGACCUUUCUCUGACUCUGACCAAUGAGAGGACGACGAUCGAAAGGACGUACGAGCUGACCAAAUACUUGGAGCAUCAGCUGAAGGACAUCAAAGACACCUAUUUGUCGUAUCUCGGCCCGCCCUUCAGUGACCCCGACUUCUCCCCGCCGCGCCCCAACAGCUCCUCACUCUCCGUUCCAAGCGCGGCCACUCGCGUGGAGCUGUGGCGCGGCCUGGAGAACGGCGCCCGGCUGGCGCAGAACCAGCGGGCGUACCGCGUGUUGCUGUGUGCCAUGCGCGAGCUGGCGCGCUCCACCCUCUGCCCGUACCUGCAGAGCUCCCUGCUCCACUUCUGCUCCGGCCUCAAUGGCCUGCUGGGCUCCAUCACGGGGCUGAUGGGCAGCCUUGGCUACGUCUCACCUCCCCAGCUCGCCGAUGGCACCGUGCUGCUACCCAGCGGUGGUGUAGGUGGCGGCUCGCUCCUGCUGGCCGAGCACAGAGCCUCACCGAGGGCAGUGGCCCCUGGCCAGCACAGCCCAGCACCCAUACGAGCCCAGCAGCAGACCCAGCGGCAUCAUGGAGACCACAGCAGGCAGCGAGCCCGAGACGAGCAGAGGCACGGAGGAGGAGGAGCGGCGACGAUGGGAGGAGGAGGUGCAAAGGAGGAGUCCGUGAGGAGGAGAGGGGAGCGAGGGGAGCGAGGGAGGAGGGGACGGAGAAGAGAGGAGGAGGCCGCCACCGCCGCCGCCUGGGAGGUGGAGGAGAUGGACGAAGAGACGGCGCGCGAGGGAGGGAUGGAGAGGUGGGGGAGAAGACGACUCCUGAGCAUCGACGAGCUGGAGCUGGAAGAAGCGAGCCUCCUUCAACUCUACAACAUCAACAACAACAACAAUAACAACAACAACAAUGAUAAAAACAACAAAUACACCAUCAGCACUCAAACCCAAGUUGGGGAAAGGGACAGGAUGGACGAGCGAGCUGAAACACUUGAAGACUUGUUGUACGUCUCCUCCUCCUCCUCCUCCUCCUCCUCCUCCUCCUCAUCUUCUCAUCCCCACCGCUCGCCGCGUUCGCUCUCCUCCCUCUACUCAGGAACCCUGCCGCCCUCCCUCUCGCUCCUACUGCAGUACGGUCCGGGAGGGGCAGGCGUGGGCGUGGGCGCCAGAACGGGCACGUCGGCGGCGGCGGGGGUUCCUCCAGACGGCGCUCACUCUCUGCUGGCCGCGCCGCUCCUCUCGGCCCACCCCGUCUCCAGCGAGUUCUCCCGCAAGGUGGAGGGCUUCUGGGUGCUGCGCGAGCUGCAGAGCUGGCUGUGGCGCUCGGCCAAAGACUUCAACCGCCUCAAGAAACGCCUCAAGGCCUGAGGAGGAGAAGAAGAAGGGAGCACAGUACAGUACAAUACAGUGACGGAUGGCAAUGAGUCGGACAGCAGAGAGACAAAGGGAGAGAUAGAAGGAGGAGGAGGAGAGGAGGAUAUGUGACGGAGGAAAAAAGUGAAUGGAUGGAUGCUGUAAUCCAGCACCGUCAAUGGAGGCCUGUUUUUUCUGAAUGAAUGAGCUGGAUAGAGACUGGGUUGGGUGUGAGCUGGAUUGGAGGGGCUGGGGGUGGGGGUGGGGGGGUUGUUAGGACAGUCAUGACGAAGCACUGGU